AUGGCGGCUGCUACGAUAGAAUUGCCUUAUCUUUCGUCGCAUUACGCUAUUGCUGAGUCGACCCUGAAAACGCUCACUGAAGCUCCCACGGUCGAACUUGUCAAUCAGUUGCUAGAGGCUAUCACCAAGAAGGCGCGAGAAUUCGAUGAAUUAAGGUCAGACAAGCUUCGACUCGAAGUUGAGCUUGAAAAUGCUGUCCGCAGCAACGAGUCCAAGAUCAAAGUGUUGAAGGGCUCGGUUGAGAAGGCCCGCGCAGAGCUUGAGGAAACACGGAAGAAGCUUCAGGAGUCAGAAAAUGUCCGAUCUAGCCUCGAAUCUGAAAUUGCUACGCUCAAAUCCUCCUCUACCUCCAAUGAAUCCGAAGUCAGCACCCUCAAGUCUCGCAUAACCUCUCUUGAAGCUUCGAAUCGCGACACACUAGCUCUUUUGGAAUCGAAGUCGGCGGCGUACGACAAGCUCGCCGAAGAGCUUUCAACACAACACAAGAAGACGAUCGAACUACGACGCGAGCUUUCAACCGCAGAACAGAGCCUUCAGGCCGCGAACUCCGCUUCGGCCAGUGCCAAGUUCCGCGAACAGAGCCUCCAGCAGGACCUGGAAUUGACAAAGAAGAACAACGAGUGGUUUGAGACGGAACUGAAGACAAAGUCCGCUGAGCACCUCAAAUUCCGCAAGGAAAAGAGUGCUCGGAUCGCGGAGCUCCAACGAGAGAAUGAGGAGGCUAUUGCAAACAUCGAGUCUCUUAGGCGUAGCGAGAAUGCCCUCAAGAGCCGGCUUGACGAAGUUGAACAGCGCUACGAGGAAUCGCUCUCCAGCAUCCAGCAACUCAAGGAAGAAGCGAUUCAAGCGGCCGAGUCGUUUAGGAUUGAGCUGGAUAGCGCAAACCGUCUUGCUGAACUACAGGGCAACUCCGCGGAAACCGCCAAGAAACGCGUACAAGAAUGCCAGCUGGCUCUGGAGAAAGUACGAGAUGACGCAGCGGAGGAGAUUUCACGCCUGCGUGUCGAGGUUGAGACGGAACACAGCGACAAGGAGGCCGCUGAGCGUCGUGUUGCUGAGCUCGAACUUACCAUCAAUCAACUUGAGACGGAAGGUAUCGCUGGAAGAAGAUCUAUGAGCCCAGCACGUGGAUUGAACGGCACCCCAAGCACCCCCGUUCGAGCUAGUACCCCUCUUGGCGCGUUUUCACCCAGAGCAUCUCGAUCCAAGGGCGGGUUGACUCUCACGCAAAUGUAUUCAGAGUACGACAAAAUGCGGACAAUGCUUGUUGCCGAACAGAAAACAAACCAGGAGCUCCGGUCAACGCUUGAUGAAAUGGUCCAAGACCUCGAAGCCAGCAAGCCAGAGAUCGAUGAACUCCGUGCUGACCACUCCAGGUUGGAAAUUGCUGUCGUUGAGAUGUCGAAUAUUUUGGAGACAGCUGGCAAAGAGCGAGAUGACGCAACGAAAGAGGCACGCAAAUGGCAAGGCCAGGUGGAGGGAUUGGCACGUGAGGGUGAUAUUCUGCGUCAGCAGCUGAGAGACCUCAGUUCCCAAGUCAAGGUUCUGGUGCUGGAGGCAGCUCUCUUGAAGGAAGGUGGGGUGGAGUACGAUAGAGAGGAACUUGAAAAGAUUGCUCGCAAGGAAAUUGAGGAUUCUUCUGCCGACCUUACCCCCACAGGUCGCUUCAUCAGCCACAACCUGAUGACAUUCAAGGAUCUGCACGAGCUUCAGGAGCAGAAUGUCACGCUUCGUCGCAUGCUUAGAGAGCUAGGGGACAAGAUGGAAGGUGCCGAAGCGCGAGAGAAGGAUGCUGCCCGACAGCAAGAACAGGAGGAGCUGAAGGAGCUCCGGAUCCGGGUGCAGACAUACCGGGAUGAAAUUGCGAACCUCGUCGCUCAGACCAAGAGCUACGUCAAAGAACGCGACACUUUCCGCAGCAUGCUGACUCGCCGCCGUCAGACCGUCGGAGGGGACGCUGUGUUCUCGCAGUCUCUUCCGUUGGGCGCCGCUCCUGUUGCCUCAGAAGAGGCAAAAGGCGUGCCUGAUUACGCGGAAUUGCUGCGGAAGGUCCAGGCGCACUUUGACAGCUUCAGAGAGGAGACGGCCACCGAUCAUGCCGCUCUGAAACAGCAAGUCAAUGAGCUUUCCCGCAAGAACAGCGAAUUGUUGAGUGAAGUCAGCCGUUCCAACAGUCAACUCAUUGCCGCCACUCAGCGAGCAGAAAUUCUGCAGAGCAACUCGACCAUGAUUAAGAAUGAAAACUCCGAACUCCAGAAACGCUACGCCACACUUUUGGAAAAUGCAAACCGACAAGACCUCAAGACACAGCAAGCCGCAGAGGAUCUAGUCGAAACCAAGGGUCUCGUCGAUAGCCUUCAGCGCGAAAGCGCCAACCUCAAGGCAGAGAAGACACUCUGGAAGAACAUCGAAAAGCGACUGAUCGAGGACAAUGAAACCUUGAGGAAUGAACGAAGCCGUCUCGACUCCCUCAACGCAAACCUGCAGAACAUCCUCAAUGAGCGAGAACACGCUGACAACGAGAGCCGGAGACGCCUGCAGCUCAAUGUUGAAUCUCUUGAGUCAGAGUUACAAACUACGAAACGCAAGCUGAACGACGAAAUCGAAGAAUCGAAGAAGGCCUCUUUGCGACGAGAGUACGAACAUGAGCAAAACCAGAAGCGCAUUGACGACUUGGUGACGAGCUUGAGUUCGGUGAAGGAAGAAUUGGUUGCCACCAAGACGACCAGAGAUCACUUGCAAUCUCGUGUUGACGAACUUACUGUCGAGCUUCGUAGCGCCGAGGAGCGUCUUCAAGUUCUUCAAUCGCGACCCAGUGUCUCUGCCGCCCCCGCUGACGCAAAUGCUGUUUCGACCGAAGGAUCGCAGGAGAAUGGUUUGACACAAGAGCAGGAAUUGAGUAUUCAGGUGUCGGAGCUGAAACGCGACCUCGACCUAGCCAAGAGCGAACUGGAGCAUGCCAAGGAGCAAGUCGAAGACUACAAGGCUAUUAGCCAAGCUACCGAGGAGCGACUGCAGUCGGUUACCGAGACCAACGACCAAUAUCGGGAAGAGACCGAGCGCCUCAUCGAGGAGAAGGACAACAAGAUUCAAGAUCUUGAGAAACGAAUCGAAGAGAUCUCGUCUGAGCUUUCCACGACAAACAAUGAACUCAGUAAGCUUCGGGAUGAUCAAGGCGAAGCAACGCGACACUUGGAAGAGCAAAAGACGGCAUUGGAGGCUGAGAUUACGAGGUUGACGGAGGAGAACGAGCGUCAGAUUGCCGCUGCUCAGUAUCACCAGGAGGAUUUGAAGGCGCAGGCAGAAAUUGCGCAACACGCACAGCAAAACUACGAGAACGAACUGGUCAAGCACGCCGAAGCAGCGAAGAAUUUGCAGUUGGUUCGUGCCGAAGCAAAUCAGCUGAAGCUGGAAGCUGUUGAACUGCGUACUCAGGCCGAUACGUAUAAGAAAGACCUUGCUCAGAAGGAGGAAAGCUGGAACGAGCGCAAGGACCGCUACGAGAGUGAGCUCUUGGAGCUGCAGAAACGCCGAGAGGAAGUCCUCAACCAAAACAACCUGCUUCACACACAGGUUGAGAACAUUACGAAACAAAUCUCGGCCCUGCAACGCGACCGUGCCAAUAUCGCUGAAAACGAGCAGGAAGACGGCGAGGCCACGGCACCAAAUCUGGAGGGUCUCCAAGAAGUUAUCAUCUUUUUGCGUCGUGAAAAGGAGAUUGUUGACGUGCAGUACCACUUAUCUACUCAGGAAGGCAAGCGUCUACGUCAACAACUUGAGUACACCCAGUCUCAGCUCGACGAGGCACGCCUGAAACUCGAGCAGCAACGACGUGCUGCUGCUGAUAGUGAGCACACGGCUCUGAGCCACAACAAGCUCAUGGAAACGCUGAACGAGCUCAACCUCUUCCGUGAGAGCAGUGUUACCUUGCGCAGUCAAGUCAAGCAAGCCGAGACCACUCUUGCCGAGAAGUCAGCUCGUGUCGACGAAUUGACGCAACAGAUCGAACCUCUUGAGACCCGUAUCCGGGAACUUGAGAAUGUCGUUGAGACGAAGGACGGAGAGAUGAAGCUAUUGCAAGCCGACAGGGAUCGAUGGCAGCAACGAACGCAAAACAUUCUGCAAAAGUAUGACCGUGUCGACCCGGCCGAAAUGGAAGGACUGAAGGAGAAGCUUGAGACGCUUGAGAAGGAACGAGAUGAAGCGGUUGCCGCUCGUGACGCUCUCCAAGCAGAGAAAGAUUCGUUUCCCGAACAGCUGAAGGCCGCCAAGGAUAGAACAGAUGAGCUGCGCGCGACGCUCACCGAACAAUUCAAAGAACGCAACAGGCUCCUCCUCGGUCGCAUCCAGGCUAAGCAGACGGAGUUGGAGGCUGUAUUGCAGGAGAAGGAAGUUAUUCAGGAGGAGCUCAAGACCACCAAAGAGGAGCUCGGCGAGCUUAAGACCAAGAUUGCCGAGAAGCCUCCUACAGCGGUAGUCCAAGACACAGCUCCCGUCAACUCAACACCAGCAUCUCAAUUCCCUGUUCCGACCACCCAGGUCUCCGCCCAGACUGACGACGAAAGAGUCAAGGCUCUGGAGGAGAAGGUUCAGCGUCUUGAAGCUGCUCUUGCAGAAAAGGACGCGGCAUUGGCUGCCAAGGAUGCUGAACUUGAACAGAAGAUAAAGGAACGGGUCGACAGGAUGAAGGAGAUUUUCAACACCAAGAUGGCGGAGGUCAAAGCCGGACAUCGACAGGAGGUGGAACGAUUGACAGCCGGCAAGCAAGGAGAGCAAGCGGCACCCCAAGGAGAAAAUGCGGCGGCUCCAGUUGCUCAACCUAACGAACAGCCUCCCUCUACACCUAGCCAGACGCAGGGUGGCCUCCUCGAGCUCACCGAGCAGCAAGCCAGAGAACUUGUGGUGAAGAACGAGACCAUCCGGACCAUCGUUCGCAACAACAUCAGAUCACAAGUUACGAAGGAGAAAGCGGCUGCGGAGCAAAAAUUCAACGAGGAGCGAGAGGCGCUGAAGAAGGCCAACGACGAGGCAACGCAGGAGAAGGUCAAGGCUGCUGAAGAGCUCACUGGAAAGAAGUUUGCGGCCAGAAACAGCAUGCUUGAGUCAAGGUAUCGCAACGCUCAGGCCAAGCUCGAUGUGGUCCAAAAAGCGGCCACUGAAACACCCGAGAAGCCCGUGGGCGAAGUAUGGGAGAUUGCAAAGACCGCAAAAGCCCCGCCAGUGCAACCACAGACACCAAAGCCUGCUCAGGCCCCAACUCCUAAUCAAGCUGCAUCUCCCGCUCCCCAGGUCACGCAGCCGACGCCUACGCCAGCACCGGCUUCUGCACCUGCGGAUCAGCAACAUGCACCCGCCUCGACCGCAACCCCAGAGGCUGUUUCUGAGGUAGCGGCUACUCCGGCUGCUCAAGCCGAACCCCAGACGAAUGCGCAAGCAGACCAGCAGGCGCCACAAGCGCAAGCAGCUUCUGCUGCUCCAGCAGCAAGCGCGGCUCAGAAUCCAUUCGGACAGAGUCAGAAUAAACAGCCCCUGCAAGUCGAACAAGCUCAACCGGGUCAACAGCCCUCAGCCCUGCCGAACAAACCACCACCGGGAGCUCAUACCGCAGGCGGCAACGUAAUGCGGGCUCUGCAGUCUGGACUUCCGAUUGCUAGAGGCGGACGAGGCGGUGGCCGUGGGAGUGGCCAGCAGCAGCCUCAGGUGCAAGGCCAACAGCAGCAGCAACAACAGGGACAGGCCCAGCGUGGGUCUGGCCUUCCUCGGGGCGGCCGCGGCGGACGAGGAGGCCAUCAGGGUCGAGGCGGCCACCAGAAUGCACAACAGGCAGGACAGGGACAACCCCAAGGACAAGCUAGUCCCGGACGAGGUGCACUGAAUGCCGGUGCACGCCAGUUUGUGCCUCAAGGAAACAAGAGAGCUCGGGAAGACGGAGCAGAUGGCGGAAGUGAAGGAGGCGCCGGGGGCAAGAGGCCCAGGGGCGGUGGGCAUACUAGGGGGGGAGCUUAG